AAAGCCUCGAUAUUUGGUCCUCCGUCCCCUGUGCCUGUGUCUGUUCUGUGCUUGGCUUUAACCCUUUAAGCCCCAAAACCAAAUUGCGGCUUCUUCGAUUCUCCCUCUUUCUCUGCAUUUUCCUUUUACAGCUCCGCUUCAGACCUUGAGAGCUAGAGAGUGGCAUGGCUUUAGCCAGAACAAAGAGCAGUUGACAUGCUGCUUUUGAGGUUAUGGUCUAAACAUUGUUCAAUUUUUUGACUAUCCGAACAAAUUGUUGGUUUACAGAGCCACAGAAAACUCAGUUUACUCUCCUGAAGGUGAAAUUUAAAGCUACCUCAGCCCUAGUCCUAGCAACCACUACUUCAAAACUUUAUGGCCAGCAAUAAGCCUAUUGUACCAAAGGAAGAGGUCUUGGAUUUCAGGUUGCCACCUGAUGGGCUGUACUCAAGGCAUGUCGGGGACAGUGGUGCAAGCUCAUCUGGAAACAACAUAAGAACUUUCUUUGUAGAUAUGGGGUUCCUGCCAUCUCUUGUUGAUAAAGUGAUCGAAGAAAAAGGUGAAGAUGAUGUAGAAUUGCUAUUAAAUACCCUGACUACAUUUUCGGCAGAACAAAAAUCACUUCCUGAGUCAACAGGCUCUCUUCACAGUGUACGAAGUGAUAAAAAGGGGACUAGUCCUAUUGCUGCAUUCUGUUACAAGCAGGCUGGCCGGACAUCAAAACCCGAAUCAUCAGAUUCUCUAGAUAGCUUAUUUGAUGACAAGGAGGAUGCAAGCAAUGAAAUCUCUUCAGUUGUUAUACCGAAGGAGGAGGCUGAUGAUGAUUAUAUUAGUACUCAUACCAAUAAAGCUUCCUUAUUAAUAAUGAACUUUAGUGUUGAUGAAGUAAACUUUGCAAUUGAUAAGCUUGGUGGAGAUGCUCCCAUUAAUGAGUUGGUGGAUUUUAUCGUCGCCGCACAGAUUGCUGAAAACUUGGAGAAGGAAACAGAUGAAACAAUCUGUAGAAAUGAAUUGAAAACGGAGGAAAAUGAUGAAACCUUGUUUGUGACUAUGGAGAAAACACUUCGCUUGCUUGAAAUGGGUUUCUCUGAGAAUGAGGUUUCUUUGGCAAUUGAGAAGUUCGGUUCGGACACUCAAGUUUCAGAACUUGCUGAUUCCAUUGUUACGGGUCGAAUAGCUGGUGACUACCCUGGGAAUGAUAAGUGUUCCUCGAACUCAUUCUGUAUUGAUGGUUUACAUAAUCCCAAAGUUAAAGCUGAGGAUUCAAGUUCUGCUGGAGUUUCUCUCUCAAGGAAUGUUAACGUUGAGGAAAUAUUGAAGGGGAAAAGGCCGAAAGAAGAAUAUAUGGAUGACCUUCCAAAUCCGAUUCCUCGUUUCGAUGCUAAACACAAAGGGAAACGGCCAAAGCCAGAAUAUGCCGAUGACGACUUGAGUUCUCUCUACGGUCCUGAAUGGUUGGAAGCAAAAGUAAAUCCAAAAAUCAUCGGACUUGAGAUGCCCACAUCUUCAGAACUAAAUCUCUCAAGAAGUCUUGAUAAGAUGGUGGCUAGACCUCCAUCCCCACCUUCAAAGUUUAAUCCUUGUAGAAGUCUUGAUAAGGUGGUGGCUAAACCUCCAUUUUUCUUGUAUGGAAAUGUUUUGGAUGUAUCUCGUGAUUCUUGGGGAAAAGUUUCCAAGUUCCUUUAUACCAUUGAGCCCGAAUUUGUGGACACUCGGUCGUUCUCAGCAUUGAGUAGAAGGGAAGGCUAUGUGCACAAUCUUCCAUGUGAAAACAGGUCUCACAUCCUCCCAAAGCCUGCAAUGACUAUCGAAGAUGCUAUACCACAUACAAAGAAAUGGUGGCCUUCCUGGGAUACAAGGAAGCAUUUGAGCUGCAUCAAUUCUGAAACUAGAGGAGUACCUCAGCUGUGUGAAAGGCUUACAAAGACGAUGACCGAUUCUCAUGGUCAGCUCUCGUCUCAACAGCAGAGAGAUAUUCUUCAUCAUUGCAUAGCUUUGAACCUUAUCUGGGUUGGCCAGUUCAAACUGGCUCCUUUAGAGCCUGAACAGUUGGAGUAUGUGCUCGGGUACCCCGUAAAUCACACUCAAGAUGCUGAAAGUAGCUCAAUGGAAAGGCUUCAAAUUCUCAAAUAUUGUUUUCAGAUAGACACUUUGGGUUAUCAUCUCUCUGUUUUGAAGUCUAUGUUCCCAGAAGGGUUGAUUGUGUUGUCCAUUUUCAGUGGAAUUGGUGGGGCGGAAAUUGCUUUGCACCGUCUUGGCAUUCAUCUGAAAGUUGUGAUAUCAGUCGAGAGUUCGGCAGCAAAGAGGAGGAUUUUGCAGAAAUGGUGGCGCAGUAGUGGACAAACUGGGGAGCUGGAGCUGAUAGAGGACAUACAGAAACUAACAAGCAACAAGAUUCACAAUUUGAUUAAGAAAUAUGGAGGUUUUGAUUUAGUCGUUUGUCAGAAUCCUUGUUCUCGUUCUUUGUCGUCUUCAAAGCUGAGCAAAGACACCGAAGGUAUAGCAAGUUUCGAUUUCUCUAUAUUCUACGAGUUUGUUCGUGUUCUUCAGGGUGUAAGGAACACCAUGGAAAGAAAGAAGUGACAAUGUUCACUUCAUCUGCUUGUUCUGUCUGAUAAUAUGAAAUUCACAGCUCAAUGUCGAAACUAUAUUAUGUUGUAAUAUUGCCUUGAC